AUGGCGCCCAAAAGGUCGCGCCCAGAGGAGAAGACCCUCCUUCAGGUCGACCCUCAAGGGAUGUUUCGCGGGAUGGUGGUCUUCCUGAUCGAGAGGGGUGUCCAGCCCCGGAGACUACAAGUAAUCUCCUCUGCUUCUUCUUCUUCUUCUGUUUACUGAUGGUCCUUCGUCCUGGCACUGUGGACCCUUAAUGCGGUAUCGAUGCUGUAUGAGACUGAAUGACGUUUGAUUCAAGUAUGUAGGAUUCAAAUAUUCGAGUAUACCCCAGUUAUGUGUAAAUUAUAGGAGAAUUCGAUUCAAAAUGCGGGUAAUACUCCGAUACGUGUGACCAUGAUGUAAUUUUUUUUCUUGCUCUAAACUUAUUAUUUGAUUCAUCUCUGAAUGCGAUGGCCAGACAAUUCCAUUUGUCACUUAAGACAUUCUCUAUGCAGUAAAACGUUACCAUUUCCUUUUUCAAGAUGGCUGGGAGUAGUCCAUUAGAUGAUCAUAUCCUUUUUUUAAUGCCUGAACUUAUCUAGGACCUGGGUUGGAUUUUAUAUUUUAUUCAAAAAUAUAAUUUGACGAUGUCAAUCCAUUGCGCUGAUGAUUGUAUCAGAUCGCAGUGGUGAUGUAUUCUUUGCCGGUAUAAUCAGUGGAUUGAUAUGUAAUUCUAAGAUCUGAUGGGAGGUUGAUUACUAAUAAACCUGUACACACCUUUUCUUGCAUUUUUUGCGUUUCUAGGGGUUUAAAAGACUUUUAAUUUGUAAGAUUAUUUUAUUCAGAAUUAAAAUAGUCAAAGAUGGAUCAAUGUGUGGUCUCCAGUGAGAAGUAAAUCUAAGAUCUCUACCUUGCAUGGGUAAAAUUGUAAAACUAAAUUAUUUGUCUUUAUGUUAGAGCUGCUCAACGAACACAGUGGAAGAUUUUCUAUGAAUUGUUUUUUACUCUAUGCUGGAUACUACGGAUUUUUUAGGUUCUGAGACGAUUACAGGGCCAUCAUGUACGGCAGAAAAAGACAGAUAAUUUUUGGUUGAGAUGUUGGGUGGGUUGUCUACAUAUCUGGGCAUGAGUGUUGCAAACUCAUCCAAAACUUCUAAAACAAGAAAAAUAUUUAUGAUGUUAUGCUUCAAAAUUCUAUGUUGUACAUCAUCCUUUUUUUUGUCUAUAUAUUCUCAUUGAAUAUUUUUCUUAUCUUUCCAUGCCGAUUUACUUAAUUUUGUGAGCCCUCGUUUUUCUGAAUAAAUUUCAUUUGUAGAUCUGGAAACAGAAGCUCAUCCAAAUGGGAGCUGUUAUUGAACAUAAAUUUAGAAUGACUGUUACACAUGUUUUUGGCAUGAACUUGGAGUACAUUCUGCAGGAAUUGGAUAUCAAGAAACUGAAACGUUUCAAGGGGGUGUGUGCCUUUACUUCUUUCUGUACAACAUUUUACUCUUUCUAAGUUCUCGCAGAAUAUUGGAUCACAGUACAUAUAUUAGAUGAUGUAUUUAUAAAGUUAUUUUCUGCGAAAAAUCGCAAUAAAAUCAUGUGUUGGCUUAUCAAAAUUUCCUCGUUUAUUCAGGGUGGGAAAUCUAAUAGAUGUUACCUUGCAUUUUUUUCCCAUGAAUUUAAACUAGAAAAGCAAUUAAAUGCUUCUCUACGUGUCAGCUGGUCUCAUACGUAUUUCACAUUUACUUCAUGGUCGAUUAUGCAAUAGACCACACCAUUACUUAGUUGAAGACUAGUAUUGUUCUGACUUUAAACAACAUAACUUUGUUAUUCGGUCCAUCACUUUGAGUUAGAAACAGAAUUACUUGCUCACAUUUAUUGUAUCGCUAGGAACUAGAAUCACCUAUGGCUUCGUCUUCACUUUACCUAGAAGAUCCAUAAAUGAGAUUUAGACUUGCUCGAUUGUCUUGUUGAUGAACAAUUAAUAUCGAGGAAUGACUUUGGAGGAAUACAGAGUGGAUCUGUGUCUGGAUGGUUCUUGGUGAUAAAGUUGCGUCAUCUGGUUGGAAUGGAGUUGAUUUAAUUUUUUUAUUUUAUUUGGGGAUGCCAAUGCAUUAAAAACGUAACCUUAGGAACAUUUGAACCCUCCCUCCUCCCUACAGUUGAUGUCUAUUCUGGACCAUUUUUCGGCAACAUCAGUGUAUGGAAGGCGCCAGUUGUUUUUUUUUCUUCUCCUUCUUUCCUCUAUUUCCUUGACUUUCUAUUUAUUCCUCUUCAUCUGCCCUUAUCAGUGUACCCCUUCACUAAUCUUCUUUUUUAUCAAGGUCCCGACUACUAGGAUCAGGCAAAUCCAAAUAAUAUCGGAUAACUUGUGGGUGGUUCUUUUUCUUCUUCACGAGUUUUUUCAAUUUCAAACCUUCCAUUUUUCGGCCAGAUUUCACUGUUUGAAAAGGUUUUAUAUUAUCUCGCCACAGGAUAGGAGAUAAAGCACAUUCUUUUUUAUGGUUUGUUUCAUAAGUUGAAGAUCAUUGUUUGAUUUCUAUUCUCGUGAUUUUCCUUCAGGGAGGGGUUGUGGGGACGUAAAUGUGGAGACCCAUCAUCCUGUAUAACCAGCCAGUCAGAGAAACGCGGGGGAGGGCGGGGUGUGUGGAGAGAGGGAGCAGACAUUUCACCAGGUGCUCUUUAGUUUAGUAUGGGAUUCCCACAAGACUUUAUGUUCUGCUGCAAAUGAGAGAAAUGCCCUGUUGUUAACAGCUCUAACAGUUACGGUAAUGCCCUGUUGCUAGGACACAGAAAAUGAGAGAAAUGCCCUGUUGCUAGGACAAAAGAAAGGAGUAAAUCCUGCUCCUCUUUGAAAAACAAAAAACAAGAAAUACCCUGUUAAGAGUUCUAUCGACUGGAGUAAUGCAGUGCAACCCACAAGGCUGGAAGUUUGGGGAAUAGACCCUACCAGGAGGGAGAAAGCUAAGGAGCGAAGGAGUGUACGGCUCCACAUUGGAGAAAAAUAAGAGUUAUAUUGAGGAGAAUAAAAGGAGACCUAACAUAGAGGCAUGCAGGCCUUGUAUAGCCUUCAAAAUUCUAACCAAAAAGAGAUAGACAGGAUAUUAUCAUUCACUGAGAAAAGUUAAGUGAAGAACGAAAUAACGUUUAAAGAAGACUACUACAAGAUUUCUUCAUGUGUUAUAUUAGCAGUAACUAGAUUUCUGGCCAACUGUUUAUUUGUUGACUAUGCCCUUUAUUGCUGCACAGUCAUGUACAUUGUGGGGUUGGUGUAGUAGUUCAAAUUUAUGUGGACACUGAUUUUUCACCCUGAAAGAUGCUUGAUUCUGUUCCAUGACCUUCGCCCAAGGGUGUGCUUUAUUUGGAAAGAUAUAGAUGUACUAAUAUUUGUGAUGCCUUCUAUCUCCUUUAGCUCAUCAAAUUUUCGCAUUUCUGUUUAGUCGUUCAUUCUUUGCCUUUACAUCUAUAAUUUUCUUACAAUAUGAACCAGAGAAUACUGACGAAUUUGAAACGGUCUGCUGUCAAAAAAAACUGGACUAUGGGUAUUUUUUACAUCAAGUGCAUAUAUUUUAAUGAACCCUUGAUGCAUUGAAAAAAUGCUGAAAAUUUUUAAUAUUGUGUUGCAGAAUAUACUUCCCUAUGAAUGGGUGGAGAACAGUCUAAAGUCAGGAGAAAAAAUUCCUGAAGAUUCCUAUGCUCUAAAGGUGCCAUUAGAAGGGGAGAGUGAUUCUGAUAAACCUGCAGCUUCUGCACAUUCUGAAAUGUUCAAUAACAAUCAUUUAUGUGAUGAUUCAAAGAACAGGAGCAUCAAGAGUUCAAUGGAAGACGUGAAACUAAUGUGUAGGGUUAAAAAGGAUACGGAGAAGACAGGAGACCUAGGUUACAACCUGGGUAGACCAGAGCCUAAGGAUAAUGAGGUACAAACUGCUGAAGAACAUAUUCAUCAAACCAGCAAGGGAUACAGGAUGGGUUCUGUGACUACACAAGAUGUCACAACUGGCUCAAAAGAUGUAUGGUUGGAAAUUAUUUUAUUUUAGUUUUACUUGAAUUGAAAUGCUUCCAAUGAAUCAAAUCACACAGAUUAUACGCCCCAUGUUUAUUUAUAAACUUUUUCCCCUAUGAAAUAGUAUCUGCAAUGAAAAUCAACAUUCUGCAAUGGGUUUAUCUGUCUAACUCAGUGCUCUACAGAUGUCAUUGUUGUACAAUCCACCUGAUUUAAAUCGAAAAGUCACAGAGAUAUUUGGAAAGCUUAUAAAUAUCUAUCGAGGUAUGUUUGUGAAGGAUUUUGGAGCUUGUUAUUUAUGUAAAGGUUAAACCUCCUGAUCUCCUGUAAAUUAUUCUUAUUGAAGCACUAGGAGAUGAGCGGAGGUCUUUCAGCUAUUACAAGGCUAUCCCAGUGAUUGAAAAGCUACCUUUCACGAUUGAAAGUGUUGAGCAAGUUAAACAUCUUCCAGCAAUUGGCAAGUCUAUGAAGGAGCAUGUUGGUGAAUGCUCUCUAGCUAAUAUAUUCUCUUUUGAUGAUGGCUAUCUUCUUUGGAAAAAGCAUAUAUUUCAUUUAAACUUCAUUAUGAGAAAUGAAUAACCCCAAUAUCAAACUGUCAUCUUUUCCUUUUUUUUUAAAUCCAUGUUGUUUUUUGAAAAUUUUAAAUUCAAUUAUUGCGUUUUGUUCUUUGUUAAUUUUCAAUGCAUCAACUUGGAGAGCUAAUUUAUCAAACAAUUAGAAGGCUGCGAUCUGCAUUCAAUGACAAGAUAGUGUCUGUAACAUAAAGAAGUUGUUAAGAGCUAUGGCUCUUCUUUUUCGCCAAUCUGACAUCAUUUGCAUUUUUUACUGCUGCCUGUUUGGUAGUGGAGAACUACUGUGAUUGAGAUGUAGCUGCCUGGAACCCCGAAAAAGCCUUUUUGAUCUGUAAGAGUUUUGAGAUGGAUCACCAGGAGACCCAUUCAAUAAUUCCACAUCCAUAGAAAAUGAAAUUACUAAAGAAAAGUAUGACAUUCUGUGGAUCAUAUAGGUUCUAUCACUGCAUGUAAAUUGAGUAGACUAUGAAGUGAUUGAGAAAAUAAACGAAUAGUAAUCACAAGUGUGGAUACAUCAUCCAUGCCUUUUGUUGUUGGGAUGUACUGGACAACUAAACCUUUUAUGCUUUUGUUGAAUUUCCUCUAGUUCGUUCAUUUCUUGAAGAACGACAUACCUUCUCGUGGAAGGGAAAAAGGAACUUCUAUUCACUCCAUAUGAGGGGAAAAAACUUUAAAAUCCUUUACAUCAAGACAGGGGUCUGUUAUUUAUAACAGAUCCAUGGGAGAAGGUUCUAGACAUAUAGCCUUAUAUCCCGAGACAUGCAAGUGAGGUUCACAUGCCUUCUUUAAGUGAAGCACGUGAUACACCUCACCCCAACUCCUAAUACAGUUUUUACACUGUGUUUCAACAUUCCCCCUCAAGUUGGUGAGUGGAUAUCGUCCAUUUUCAGCUUGGAGAGCACUUGUUGCAGUUGAGUCGCAAGACACUUUUUUCAGCAAAUCAGCUAGCUGAGUAGAGAUGUAGGGAAUACAGAUUUCCUCAGAUUCUAAGUUUUUCUUGAUAAAGUGACGGCCUAUCUCCAUAUGCUUUGUGCGAUCAUGUUGAAUAGGAUUGUGCGCAAGAUUAAUUGCAGAUUUAUUGUCAUAGUAGAGCUUCAUAAAACCUGAAAUGGGAAUCUUUAAGUCAGUGAGUAAAAUCGUCACCCAAAGUAGUUCGCAUAUUCUAUGCGCAAGUGUCUUGAAUUCUGCAUUAGCACUUGAGCGAGCAACAACAUUCUAUUUCUUGCUGCGUCAAGUAACCAAAUUUCUUCUCAUAAAUAUCAUAAGACCUGAAGUUGACCGAUGAUCUAAAGGAGAACCAGCAUAAUUAGCAUCAGUAUACAUCUCAACUAUUACUUUAUCACCACAUUUGAAGAUAAUGCCUUUUCCAAGAGUUCCCUUUAAGUAGUGUAACACCUAAUAUGCAGCAUAAAGAUGGGAUUUAGUUGGCUGAUGCAUGAACUGACUUAAGAGACUAACUGCAUAUGAGAUGUCAGGUCUAGUUUGUGUGAGAUAUAUCAAUCAUCCAAUAAGACGUUGAUACAUUUCUCGAUCAAUAGACUCCUCCCCUUCACCAACACUAAGUUUGUGGUUAGGAUCAAGGGGGGUGUUAGCUGGUUUGCAUCCAUACUUUCUAGUAUCCUUUAGAAGAUCUACCACAUACUUUUGUUGAGAGAUGAAUACGUCCUUAGAAGAAUGAGUUUCCUCAAACACCUAAAAAAUAUUUAAGACAACCCAAAGUCUUGAUACCAAGUUCCUUGGCAAGAUAUUUGCUCAAAUUUUCCUAUUCAAUGUCAUCACUUUUAGUAAUUAUAAUGUCGUCAACAUAAACUAAGAGUAUAGUAACUCCCCCUGAUGAAGUAUGUUUGAAAAAUAAUGUGUGAUCAGCAUUACUAAGACAAUAAUUAAUUUUUCGCAUGACAGUAGAAAAUCUCUCAAACCAUGCACGUGGAGAUUGUUUAAGUCCAUACAAUGACUUUUUUAGUCUAUAAACAAGUUAGAAAAUAAAUUUCCUCCAUAACCAGGUGGAUAAUACAUAUAUACUUCAUCAGUAAAAUCCCCAUGAAGAAAGGCAUUCUUCACAUUAUAUUGUUGGAUAUUCCAACUAAAAAUAGCAGCUAAGGAUAAAAUAAUUUUGACUUUGUUCAUUUUUUGCCACAAGAGAAACAGUUUUAUGGUAGUCAAUUCCAUAAAUUUGUGUAUAUCCUUUAGCUACGAGUCUGGCCUUGUACCUUUCAAUUGAUCCAUGACCAUUGCAUUUUAUAGAAUAAACCCAUUUAUAGUCAACUGCCCGUUUAUCCUUAGGGAGAGUCACAAGUUCUCAUGUAUUAUUUCUCUCAAUAGCAUACAUCUCAUCAUCCACGGCUUGUUUUCACUCUUUACUAGAGAGAGUUUUUGAAAUAUUAACUGGAAUGGUAAUACUAUCCAAGGUACCAAGGAAGGUUCUAUAAGAUGGAGAAAGUUUAUGAUAGGAAAUAAAGUUUGCUGAAGGGUAUAAUGGGUAUUUUGUACAAGUUCGUGGAGGUUUCUUUAGGGCAAUAGGAAGGUCAUUGGACUGGGAACUAGUAGUAUUUUCUGAAAGGAUGAAUUUGGUUUCUUGGUCAUUGAUUAAGGCUAGUUCAGAGUCUUGGGCUGAUCUAGAAUUUGGAGGUACUCAUGUCCUUGAAUAAACCUGACCAAAUCUGAGUUUUUCAAGAAGCAGAUCAGGAAGAGAUGGACCUUGGUUAGACACAUGAAAUUGGUAGAAUAAUUUGACUCGGAAGAGAAGAAACUCUUUAUGGGAAAAAAUCAGGAAAAGGUGGAAAUUGCAAAGAAGUGUCUUGAGAACUUUUCUGGUAGUAAAAAACUGAUUCAUGAAAGGUAAUAUCCAUAGUUGUAAAGAAUUUUUGAGUUAAUGGAUGAUGACAUUGAUAUCUUUUGAGUUUUUGAAUAUCUAACAAAUAUACAUUUGUGGGAUCUUGGAUCUAAUUUAUCUUUAGCUGAAUUAUGAUUAUGAAUGAAUGAGACACAUCUGAAUAUGCGAGGCUAUAAUGAGAAAUGGAGAUGAUUAAGAGCGAAAUAAGAAGCUAACCUUUCCGUAGGACUUUGGAGACCCAAGGUUCUAGUGGGAAGAACAAGAGUGAUCGUGUAACCUCCAAGAGGUGUCAAUUUUUUCUUUUUGCCAAUCUGUUUUGCUGAGGAGUAUAAACACAUGAAGACUCAUGUAUAAUACCCUCAGCCUGAAGAAAAUAACUCAGAUCAUUGCUAAAGUAUUCCUUAGCAUUAUCUAACUUGAAUUUCUUUAUAAGGAUUAUCAAAUUAGGUUUUGAUCAUUGAACAGAAAUGUUUCAACACAAUUGAAACUUUUGAUUUCUGCUUAAGAAGAAAGACUCGCAUGCAAUGGUUGCAGUCAUCCACAAGGUAACAAACCAUUUAUUACCUAGUAGAUCUACAUUGGGACAUGGUCCCCAAACAUCACUAUGGAUGCAAGAGAAAGGAAUCUCACUCCGUUCAUUUCUAAUUGAAAAAGAAAUACAAGUAUGUUUGGACAGUUCACAUACGUCACACUUAAGUGUUUUUACAGACACUUUUUGAAACAAGGAUGAAAACACUUUAUAGUAGCGAAGGAAGGAGGACCUAAUCUUUGAUGAAGGAGCUGAAUGUGACUUAGAUCCUUGCGAUGUUCUAGAGAUGGGUGUGCUUCCAUAAGACAGGUUUGGCUAGAUCCCGCCAAGAUGUCAACUCCUCGUUCUCUAGCAACUCCAAUCCUCCCCGUUUGGACCUUAUCAAGGAUAACACAAAGGUCUUCAUCAAAGAAGGCACGAUAAGGUGUGUUUUUAUCAAGGCUUUUUAUAGAAAUAAGGUUGGUGAAAAGUUUGGGAACAUAGAGAACUUUGGUGAGGGUUCCUAAGGUUCAAGAGUUAAGUCUUCAAUACCAACGACCGUAAGAAGUAUACCAUCAGCAGUAGACACUUUUUGGUCACCGAAACAUGGGGUGUAGGUAAUGAAAUGAUAUGACGAAUUUGUCAUAUGACUUGUUGCUCCUGAAUCUAUUACCCAACAUCUAGUAAUGUCUUGGGAUGGAGCUCAAACACCAAGAGAAGAGUGGAACUUACCAAUUUAAUUACUUGUUGAUGGCUGUGAACGUUGUGUUACCAUUGCCUUCAAUUGCUCUAACUCGAGGCAAAGUUUCUCUACUCCGCUUGAUGGAGUUAAAUUAAUAUUUCUUGAAAAAAGGGUCUGUUUGUUCAGAGUUUUGAUUGGAUGAAGAAUCAAUCACCAUGUGAGCCUGAUUCACUCGAUUCUCAGAAUUUCAUGGGGUUUAUAACAUCGCUUGCUGGUAUGACGGGGUUUCUUGUAAUAAAUGCACCAGAGGUUAUCACAGUAAUCAUUUUUCUGAUUCUUCCCUUGCACAGAUGAUGAUUGAUGGUUCGAAUAUUCUACUGAUUUAAUGGUGUCUUGGUUUGACUAAAAAUGUUGUAUUACCCGACUACUGAGUAGACAACAUCAAUUUUUGACAACUCUCUUCAUUCAGUAUAAUUAAUAUCACCCCAUUCAGAUCUGGUCUCCUUUCAAAUCCUAGAAUUUGUUGUCUGAUCUGAUCAAAAAUAGUUAGCCAAAACUUUAAAAACCCACCUUCGUUCUAUAAAAUCUCGUAAAUGUAGAAAUUUCUUUGAGUUCUUCAGUCCCAAGUUCAAGAUAAUAAUCAAGCUCCUGCCAUAGAUUUUUAAGUUCUCCUGUGUACUCCAUCACUGAUUUUGAACCUUGAGUAAUUGAAUGAGAUUUUAUCUCCAUUUCAUAUAUGUGUGACUCAUUCUUUUUCAUCGAAUAUUUCAUGUGUACUGUUCCCCACAAAUUCUUUGCAGUUUUUAUAAAGAAAAAACCUCUACUGAUCUGGGGAAUCAUUGUUCCCAAAAUCUAUGUCUUUAUCAAAGCAUUCUCCUCUUGUCAUUUUCUAAAUUGCCUUGACAUUUGAUCUGGUGUAGUUUCCUCUAGAUGACGUAGCAUCCCUCUGCUAAUAAGAACUUCCCUAAUAUAUUCUGACCACUAGAUGAGAUUAUAUUCAGUCAACUUAAAUUCUAUAGGCAUGGCAAGGAGUUCAAUCAUUAAUCUUGAUGAUACAGGAUUGACUUCCAUAAUAGUGGUAGAGAUGUCACCUAUUGAGGUCUCUCCUCCUUCAAACAUAUGAAAAAUAAUAAAUCGGAAUAGGAACAACUGCUUACUAAGUAGAAACAAAAUGUAAUUCUUGUAAGUCUUGAGAAGGCUCAAGAAACGAUGUUGAUCUUCCAAGUCCUCAAGAAGAGGCUUAUAGAAACAGCGUAAAUCUCUUAUACAGAAAGAGAUAAUAAGAAAGGAGCAAUCACACCUUAAUUAGCUCUGACACCAUGUGAAUUUCCUCUAGCUCAUUCGUUUCUUGAAGAACGACAGACCUUCUCGUGGAAAGGAAAAAGGAACCUCUAUUCACACCAUAUGAGGGGGAAAAAACUUCAAGAUCCUUUACAUCGAGACAGGGGCCUGUUAUUUAUAACAGAUCCAUGGGAGAAGGUUCUAGACAUAGAGCCUUACAUCCCAAGACAUGGAAGAAGCACAUGAUACACCUCACCCCAACUACUAAUGCAGUUUUUACACUGUAUUUCAACAGCUUUACAUGUUGGCAGAUAUGGCCUCAUGUUUCUUCUGUCCGCAUGUGUCAGAAUGUCUAGAACUUUCUAGGGGUCUGAUACAGAAACUGGACCUCCCUCAACUUAUAAUAGUUUUUUCUUCUUAUCAAUAAAGACAUUCUUUCUCUCCACGGGUGCUGAGGUAUCUAUCAGCACACCAGAUCAGGAGUCAUACCAACUACACCUUUUAAGUAUAUCGUUUGCAUUCUCCUUCACUGAUCCUGAUGUCGUUAUUCACAAUUGCACUCUCCUUUUUCUUUCCCAUCAAAGAUUCUUUUUUCUAUCAUCACUAUUAGUUGGCUUAUCUAAUGUUCCUGUCCAUAUAACAAUAAACUGUAAGAACAAUUUCAAGAUCUCUUUCUUUUCAUCCUGUAUCCGAAUUUUUUUGAUCAUGGGUUUUGGAUUCCUCUAAAAAUGGUGAUACUUAAGACAUUAUUUUCAAAAUUAGUCUUUGGAUGGGAUGACGGCUUGAUUCUUUCAAGUUCUAUGCCUGCGUUUGUAAUUUUGUGUUGAGUUGCACGGGCUGGGAUGAUUGUAAUAAUAUCAAAGGAAGAUUUCCGUUGCUCUACAUGAUGGAUGAGUCAGAUGACUAACUUCAGAUUCAUUCUACCUGCAGAUUCAGGAGAUUGUGACAACUGGAAAGUUGUCAAAGUUGGAGCACUUUGAACAUGAUGAAAAGGUAUUGUAGGUCAUUGAAAACUAAAAUUUAUUUAUUUUUCUACAAUUUUUAAUGAAGUGCAUCUUUUAUUUUUUUCAAUAAAAACUGGGUAUAGACCGGUUUGUGAAUACAUGUGAUGAAAAAGUGUUAACAAGCAGCAAGAUCCCAAAUGUUGGAUGCAGAAAGAUGACUCAAGGGAUAAUAGAAAUGCUAAUCAUGCUAAUGCCAUUCCGAAUUUCCCCCGCUGAGCAGCAAUUUGAUACCUUUCUUUCUGUGGUCAGGACUAACCUCAGAUGAUGCUUCGCCAAGAUUUGGAAAUGGUGCAUGCUUAUGGUCCACUAUGGACAAUGGAGUGGGGAUAAGUGUACCAAUCUUGUCGAGUUAUAAGUAAAUUCAAAAUAGCCUUAAUCUUUCAAUAUAAAGGGGUAUAGAUAUAUAAAUUAGGGUACAUGUUGGAUAAAAUCGCAGUGGUUGAAAUUAUAUUCGAAAAAGUAGAACAAUAGCUCGUAAAUCAAAAAGACUGAGCUUAAAGAUCAUAGAUGGAAAUCUUGUAGCUCAGAAUACUUUCCUUUUAUAUUUUUCCCUUAUGCAUGUUCCAAAUGAGAAGCACACGCAUAUAUAUAUUUAUAUAAAAUGGUGGGAUCAACUCGAAUGGAUCCAUGUACUUUAGCUAUUUCCGAAUUGAAUCUGUGAUGCCAAACCCAACGUUCUCCUACUUGGUCCAUCUUGCUGUGGUCACAAACGAAGUUAUUGGAAAAGAAAUAAAUAGAUACAUGCAUGGAUAUAAUUUGGAAUAUUGAUCUUGAGGGUAGAAAGCAAUUCAGCUUGACUACGAUUUUUAACUUGAACAAAAUAACCAUACUUAUAUGAAAUGGCAGGCAAUUCGGAUUUAAGGACUCUUGUCCAAUGGUGAACAAGUCAUGACAGAAAUUGUAUCCUGACUGUUGCAUGACCUUUGACUCAACACAUGUUUCAUCAGUCAGUACUGUAGCAAGAAAAAAACAUUCCAUAGUAUGUGUACCUCUGCAAACAAAGUAGAGUAAAACUGAGGACAUGAUUUAAUCAUAUAUUGAGUUCACAGAUAGAUAUUUUUCAUAACACAGAUUUGAUAAGCCUCAUACUGGUUGUGUGACCAUGAAUGCACCUGGCCGUAACCCUUUAUUUAUGGUCAGCCUCCAUAUUACCUAUAUCAGUUCAUAUGCUAAGUACUUUAACUUCAGUAUGUGCACUAGUGUGUGAGCGCACGGUUCUCAAUUAUCUUGACAUAAGGAAUCACAUCCAUUUCUCGUUUACAUUAUUAGUUUUGGAUAGAUAUCUUGACAUAAUGUUAUACUGGGCGAGCAAUAAUACAUCUCAAAUAUCUUUAAACUCUGGAGAUACGAGAUAAGGAUGAGCGUCAAGCAGUGCUUUUUUCUGCUGCAAAUUGGUAUCUUGUGUGAAUGAUUUUUUUGGGGGCAAACCUUUUCCUGAGAACUUAUUGCGCACCAUGAUGAUUCUUUUCUCCAUUUGUAUAUUUUAUGCUAUAAUUUUAAGUGUUUUUUAUAUUUGUUGUAUUAUUUAUACAGUGUUGCAGUUAGUCUGGUUUUAUUGCAGUGUUACUUUAGUAUUACGGUCUAAUCCAUAUGUUCUGCGAUUUAUUGUUUAAAGGUGAGGACACUUACCUUAUUUGGUGAAAUCUGGGGCAUUGGACCGGCCACUGCUCUUAAACUUUAUGAGAAAGGACACCGCUCUCUUGAUGACUUAAAAAAUGAGGAGUCAUUGUCUCAUGCUCAGAGAUUAGGACUUCAAUACUUUGAUGAUAUCAUGAAAAAGAUUCCACGAGAGAAGGUAGUAUUUAAUUCCAAUGAAAUAGCUAUCUAUCCUUGAAAUCUAUUUCUUUUGCUGAUGAUUAACUGCUCCCUAUCUCACUCAAAUUAGGCAAAAGAAAUGGAGUCUCUCUUACAAAAAGUUGGAGAAGCUAUUUUACCUGGGGUGAGCAAUAUGGAAAUAUUAUGAUGGCCCAAUGCAUCAUUUAUUUAUUUACCUACCAAAAAGCUGUCAUCUCUGAUGAUGCUGAUGCCAGUCAGCAAUAGCAAUGAUUUAGCUAAUUGAAUGAAUAUUAUUCCUUUCGUCUUCUUUCAGUCAGUGAAACAUGUAAGGGUUAAACAAAUAGAAAAUUGAAAGGAUUUGCGUGUUAUAAUCAAGCAUAUGAUUCAAAUGCAGUUUGUUAAAAAAGAAGCCAUUGAAGAGAAGUCUACAAAAGAAUUCUCAAUGUGCCACUUCAGAUACUUUCAACAGCAAUUACAGUCUUCAGUAUCAAGUUUAGGCCAUGCUAGAAUUUAUGAUGAUGUAACUAAACAAGAUACAGAUGAGUCUUUCCUCUUUUAUGCGCUUCUGUAAACUUCCCAGUUUUAAGUUUUGGCAGAAGGUCUCGAAUUCUACCUGUUCAUAAAUAUUUAUAGCUAACACCAUUGGUGGCCACUGGCUACAAUCAAGAAAACGUUAGAAAGUAAAACUGUCAUUUUAACAUUUAUCCGUAUUUAUGGAUAGCUGGGAUUUGUGCCUAGCGGUUCAUGACUAUCUCCAACUUCAUGGCUAGAUUGAAGUUGUUAGAAUCUUCUGACUUGACAUAGAAUAAUCUAUAGUUGUAAAAAAGCGAAUAUCAUUUUUUGACAUUUGGGUCAUUUUGACUGAUGCUUCAAAGGUUGUCUAGUAAUCAUGCAAUUGUUAAAAACCAUGCUGCUUACUUUUUUCUUUUUCCCCCUCUAUUUCAUCCAGUUAUUUGAUUUUCCAGAAUUUCAAACUUUUUCUUCUAAUGCACUCAUUUGGAGUCUCAUAGCUGUCUUGAGUAUUCUCAGGUGAAAUAUUUAUAGGUAGGGAACCAUAGUUUAUGGUAAUUCUCUUUCCUUUUUUUCUUACAUUGAAACCGAAGUCAAAUUGAGAGUCAACUACAUUUCUGCUUUAAACUCCAUGUAAAGCAGCUAUGUAGAGAUCUCAGCUGGGCAAAAUCUUUCAAUCUAUAGCAUUUUCAUGGUUUAUGAUAAAUGAUUUCUUGCAUGUAUAAGGCUAUUUUAACACUCAUGAUUUCAGGUAGUUAUCUUUCGUCUAGGGCAUUCUUUUGAGUCGGUCUCUAAUUAACUCAUAAGAAGUAGCGUUGUUUUGGAGUCAUGGUGGUUCAAGAUGAAUUGCAUAUGAAUUCGACUACCUGGGUACAGAUUUUGUGCUUGAUAGUACUAGCUAAUGUGAUUUCCUGGAGCUGGCUUGAUUAAAUAUGAAAACCAAUGCUUCGUAAAGUUUUCAAUUAUAUGUAUCUCUGAAUGAACUUGAUCCAACUUAAAAUUGUCAAUUAUGAUUUAUUUCAAAUUCAUCUAUCUUUUCCAUUGACCAAAUUCAAGGAUCCAGUUAAUCCCAAAACGUGUCAGCACCUUGCUUAUGUGGAUUGUACUUGUACAAAUCCUAUUAUUUGGAUUGAUAUUGUUUUAGUUGUCCUGGUUCUUCCCUGUCAGACCCAAGUUUGAGUCAGCCAGCUCUGGUUGGACACAGAUACCUAAAUGUAGCUUGCAAGUGUACAUCUACAACCUAUUUUAUUUAUUUGACAAUUCGUCAAUAAUAUUCUUAAUAUCUUUAUUUCGUUUGGCUGUCUAUAAGUUUUGCUGUUAUGUGUUAUUAUGACUUAUCGGGUCGUAUUUGAAUGUCAUGGAUCAGAUGGACUUGAGACUGGAUCACUCUAGAUUAGGAUUCUGAUCAAUUCUGACAAAAUCUGCCCAUUAGAAUCGCGUCUAUAGAUUGACAUGGAGAUCGAGAUCCGUUCUGCAUUUCUGAUUCUGACUUGAAUCGCAAUAUCCCUGAUUUGAAUGAAAUCACCAACAAAAGAUGAGUUGUCUUUUGGAUUUAUUUAUUUUAUUUUAUUUUUUUUACCAAUGAUAGCUCUUGAACUUCAACUUUAGCUUUCCCUAACUGUCACCUAAUUCAUUUCAUUUAUUCUUCCUAACCUCAUAACAACAUGCAGACUCGUAACAAGUGAAUAUGCAUUAUAUGUUUUUUUAAUAAUCUAAUGGGAAGAAUAUGACACCAGUCUCCAUUGUCGUCCAUCUUGUGUGUUAUCCUAUCCGGACAUUAAAUAUAGACUCAAAUUUUCCUGUUAUCUUUGUACAGUGUAAGCCAUCACUUUUUAUUUUCUUAUUAUGAAUCUAAUUCUGGCAAUUAAUUUUUUUGUAUCAAUGGCCACAUGCCAUUUAAUCAAAUCCCUUUUUCGGACUUUUUUUCUUCGUUAUCUUGCUCAUUUGAAAAAAAAAUCAUUCUUUUGUUUUGAAGGUAAUUAUUGUUUGUGGAGGGUCCUAUAGACGGGGAAAGGCAUUUUGUGGUGAUUUGGACAUGAUAAUAACUCAUCCAGAUGGCCAAAGGUCUACGUAAACACAUCUCACUUUAUGUCACAUGUUAAUAUGUAGAAUACUGUAUUUGACCUAAAAUGUUUUUCAGUUGUUGAAGAAUUGGGUAUUUUUCUGUUUUAUCCGUGAUGAUGUCUUGAUAUUCAUCCAAUUACUACUUAUGUAAUGUUGGCAACAUGCUUAAGUUUAUUUUUGCCUUGACAGCCUAUUGUUAAGCUAGUCUUACUGAUUUCAAAGAGUUUAGCAAACAACAAAAUAUGAACCAGGAAGAUGAAGUUAUUAAUCAGCGAAAUGUUGAUACUUUUAUGACAAACACUGUCGCUACAAAAAUCACUUUCGGCUAAUGUACUCUCCAAAUUCAGCUUUGGAACUAUUAUAGUUAGGUAGGGAUAAAGUGUUUGUUUAUGCUUCACUAAUUGGACUGUGUUUAUGCAUCAGUUAAUUACUUAUGAAUAUGACUAAAUUAAAUUACUUUGAGAUAAAGCUUAAAGAGCAUUGUUUUUCACAGAGCUGACUGGGGAAAUGAUACCAUGGUGUUCGAUUGGAGUACUGACUGAUGAAGAUAAUUGUUUAUCCAUUGAUUUAUAGAGGCAAAUAAAUGUGAGGAGACACAAUCCAGAUAAGAUAUGAUAGUAAGCAUGCCAUCAAUGCUUUUAGUGUUUUUUUCCAUGACAUAAAGGGACUUUGUCACGGUUAAAUAGGAUAUCAACAAUUGAUAAAAGGUUACAUAGUUGUAUUUGCAACGUAGAAAUUUCAUUAUGCGUUUAUGUGUAUUGUUCGCUCUGUGUGAAAGCUCUUUUUACUAAGUUAGUUCAUAAAUGUUUUCAUUUCUUGAAAAUGAGGAAAGUUACACAGGUUUACAAAUACUCCUAAAAUCACCUGGGACUUCACUAGAGGUUAGAAAUGUAUUUUGGUAAUAUUUCUAUGAAGACAACAUGAAUUUGAAAAAUGUAACAUUAUCAGUCUAACCUUAUAUUUUUGGCACCAUCAAAAAUUUGGAAGGCUUCAAAAGUCAACAGAACGCAUCUGAUAUGUCAAAAUCUAUUUCUUUGUUGAGACCUGAGUCGUAUAGUAUAUGAAGGCUGCUGUACUGUCCUGUUCCUCUUUUUCUUUUACUGUUUUCCUAAAAAUUCGCGUAAACAUGGAUGCCCAAGUGUUGCAGAAUAUGUCAAAUAUCGGCAACUAUUAUCGAUAAAGACACGGUAGAAAGCAAUUAUUGCUCCCUCUUUAUUAAUAGAGGAAACUCAGGUUCUUUUCCCAGUCAACCAGAAAAUGUCACGAAGGAAUGAAAACGCUUUCUUAUCGGGGACAAUCAUUUAGGCUGCCCUUUUUGCAAAGAAAGAGAAAAACAGAAUUAGGAUGAACUCAAUACCUCAGGUCUUCUUAUCGUUAUCCUUAAAAGUGGUAUAAAAUCUUUAACUUAGAUAAAUUGGUUGGUUCCGUAUCUCUAUUAAAGGGAAAUAAAAAUAGUAUCCUUCUUGACAUCCACUUGCCUUAAGAUAAAAGUAGCAUCUUUUAAUUCGGAAAGAAAUUAUUUCCAGGUUUAAAGUCAUGAUUCUCUCUAUUGAAUAAUCUGUUUACUUUCAUAGUAAAUGACAUGCAAUUACCGCAGUUUGUUCUGCUCUUAAGUCCAUUGCCAGCGUUGAAGGAAUCAUCACCUUGUAAAACGUCAUUUUAAGUUGUCUGUUUGAAAUAUUCUUCGUUUGUUUAAUAAUGCUGAUUUCUUGUCAGAUUGCUUCUUCUAGGUUUCACUCUGUUUCUAGUUGAAAAUCUCCUUUAGUCCAUGUUCCGAAUAUUGCAGAAGUUUUAUAACGACGCUGUGUUUCCAUUGCGUAUUAAUACAUUAAUUUUUGUAGCUUUUUAUUCUCAGUAAGAGUUAUUUUAAUGUUAUAUUAAUGUUUGUAUCUUUCUUACAUGUCACAUUGGUAAAAAUCUAUAUAUAACUAGUGUCUUGGACACUAUAGUGACUUUUCAGCAUAUGCCUGCCUAUAGCCUCUUUCUAUUUUUCUUCAAUGACAACGAUUUCUUGUAUAUUAUUGAUUUCAUUUGUUCCCAAUAAGAUUCCUAGAUUUAACUUGACGUUCUCUCCAGCCACAAAGGAUUUUUGGCUAAAUAUGUUAAAUAUUUGAAAGACAUCAAGUUUUUGAGGGAAGAUCUAGUCUUUAGCACUCACAGUGAAGAGGUGAGUUUCAUACAGUCUGUGAACUUCUUUUAAAAAAAUUAUUUUCUUUUAAGUGGGCUUCAUGGAGCAAACUCUUUUGAGUGGUAAAUUUUAUUUCACGUUGACCUUGUUCAAGAAAUCAAUUUUUCACAUUUUUUGAAGAUAAAAAAUACCUAUAGUUUUCUUAAUUUACAUCAUUGACCAAGGAAGAUGAUCGUUUUUGUCUGACAACCUAUUUUGUUUGAGAUUGUUUAUUUAUGAUGGAAUUAUUGCAGUAGUAUCAACUAAAAGAUACUUAUCGUGUAUUUACUGUUGUCUUCUAUUUGCCUGCUUCGUUUUGCUGGAUGGUCAAAUGUUUAAAUUUGGAGGCAAUAUAUGUAAUAGAUUCGUCAUAAUGAAGAAAGUAAUAAAGAACAUCCGUGUUGUCGAUUUCUAUAAAUUGUUCAAAAGUUGACCACUUGUAUAUUCCUUGCAUGGUAAAUUUAGACCAAUAUGAUUGCAACCUUCGUCGUAUAUGGAAAAAAUAUCCUAGUAAGCAUAUAUAACAGGGAUAAGUGGCUGCACCUGAGGAGGUUGUUGCCAAAUGAAUAUAUUGGUACUUGAUUAGUCCAUUUGAUGCUCUCAGAACUUUGGAAUGGCAUCAGAUUCUCUGUUACAUAGUUACAACCUGAUUUAUAUGCAAUUAACUUGUGUUGUAAGGCAUAGGUUCAUGUACAUGUAGAUAGAGCUUUCUCACUAGAACCAGUUCAUUUGUGACCUAGUUUUCUUCGAGUCGGAAUCCUGUCCUUGGAUCCUUACGUGGAAGGACUACCUCGUCUUCUACGUAUCUUCUUAGCUGAGCAUUCGACUCAUCCCAUUUCUACUAGUUAAAUAUUAUACUUCCAGGGCAUAUCUACACCUCGAGUUCCCAGAAUUCUCGAAACAGCCUGAAUCAGUGUACAGAGCCCUCCCUAUGUGGGCAUAUAGUUUAUUUAUUUACAUUCAUACAUCUGUUGGUAGUUUGGAAUGUGUUGACCACAUUUCAUGUAGAUUUUUCUCUCUUUGGGCAGUGUAUGGCAUUAAAGUAGGGUAGAAGAUUACACAUCAUUUCCGUCAGUCAUAAUCAAAAAAAUUGAUUGAAAGAAUAACUGAGCAUUUUUUUUAGCAAAAUGUAUUUAAGAUAGUAUCUAAAAUAUGCCCCAAACUAGUUUACGUAUAUUCAAGUUUAACUUAUGAUUGAAGAACGCUUGAGUAGUCAUGAACGUGUAUUUCCCUUGUAUUUGGUUGUGAUAGGGGUUGUCCACUAAUAUCGUCUAACAUUAUAUAUUGAUCUGAGUUGCUUGUUGGGUUGCAUGUGGGUUCCUUCAUGUACUCAACGUUACCAUCUUUACUUCAUGUAUUUAGCAAAAAGCCUCCAUUUCAACGGUUCUUAGGCAUCUGCCUUCUCUUCUUCUUCGAUGUGGAUGUAGUGUCACCCAUCUUUUUUUUUUCAUAAGAAUUAGAUUGAUGGUGAAAUCCAUGAAGAAUACAAAUGCCAGUGAUACGACCUUUUUUAUCUUUAGAUUGGCAAAAGGCACAUGAGGAUGAGCAUUUCUGACUGGUUGUGUAAACAGAGACUUUUUCCCUGGAUUAGUAUUUAUUUGAUCGAAUAUUAGAGACGCAUUUCGGAAGACUGAAUUUAGAGUGGUAGAUAUAAAGAACAAUCCAAAAUCUGUUGACACCCAUUGAAUCCAGAUUUGAGUUAGUUUUUUAGAAUUUAUACCUCGAAUUUUGUCCAAAUCCCCCCCGUUAAGACCUAAGCAUUCCCCUACAUGUUGAAGCCUUGGAAGAGUUGGUGGCAGCCACCUUCUUGGGUCCCCUGAGACAUUCUCUGUUCCAAGGACCAGAGGAAGAUGCAGCUGGAGUUCUACUUUCCUCUCAGUGGGCAUGGUGUCUGUCUUCUCUGUAGCACUUUCAAGCUGGAGAGCCGUAGAGAGGAAACUCUUUUGAAGAAUAAAGGUUACACAGCCGUUGUACAUCGUAUAAGGCGUAGGAAGGUGAGGGCAUAAAAUAAUCAACAGGGAAUCCCCUUCUUACCACACCACUUGCUGCAGUAAUCAUUUUAUUAUGUUUCAGGAAGGACGCAGCUAAGAAUUUCACCAAUGCUGUGAGAUGCUUCCCAUGAAGAAGUCGGCAUUUAUGUGAUGUACCCACGUGAUUAUGAACAAUGUAACGUAUAUUAGAGGUAGUCUUUUGGUGAUCUUGCCAUGAUGAUGAUACUGGUUGAUGGAAUAUGAACAUUAAACCUAAUUCAUCGGUGAAGUCAGCCGAACAGCUGUCAGUUCGUGGAUUUAUUUUGGACGACGAUCUACAUGGGUUGAUGCAGGAAAAAAUUGGAAGCGCAAGGAUUUAUCAAAAAUUUAAGAUGUGGACCUUAAAAUGGCAUAGAUUGACUGGGGAAUGGAAGACAUCUUACCCCCUGGGCUAGCUAGAAGUUAUCAAUCCUCAUCAAAGCCCUGAAAGAAAAAGACCAGAAAAUGAAUUGGGUGGUGUCUAUUUCAUGAGACCAGGACAAAAAUCAUUCGAUCAAUGCAAUAAUGUGUUCCACGAUUGCUUGCAUGUAAUCUUUUUCCUAUGCAGAUGCUCCUGAAGAGAUAUGGUUUUCAUACUAUGGUUAGCAAAGCCGUAAUCUCUUUAACUGGAACAUCAAAAUCAUAAGUAACGUCUCAUUAUGCCGUUUUUAAAGAAAGCACUUGUUCUUGCUGUUGUUUUAGGCAUAUGAUUCUCUCUACCGAAGUUUUUGUACUCAUUCAGUAAUCAUGUUUAACGAUGCUGCUAGAGUUCUACUGAGUGAACGUGUAGUAAAUGAUAGAAAAACUUUCAGGGAACUGAUUCAGGCGUGGACACAUACUUUGGGCUUUGCACAGAACCAGACCUAGAUCAGCGCCAUCGAAUUGAUCUUAAGGUACGUCAGGAAAUUAAGUCUCAUGCCAGGAGCUUUCCUUUCCAAUAGACAAUUAUCCUUGCUGAGGGGAUCUAUCUGAUUGGAAGGGAGAUCGAGAGAGUAAGAAGGUAUUUUCAUACUACUUUUGCUCGUGUGGUUGAAGAUUUCUCCACAAGAUUUCCUCCAUUCUAAUUGAAAAAUUGAAGCAAUACUAAUUUUAUAUUCUGUAUUAUUCAUGAUUUUGUACUGCAUUAUUUUUUAUUGUCGUAUGAACUGAUUCUUCUCCACGUUUAGGUGUACCCACGUGAUAUAUAUGCUUUUGGGUUGAUUGCAUGGACGGGGAAUGAUGUGCUAAAUAGGCGGUCAGUACUCUUACACCUACUUACUCUGGAUACCUGUUCCUUGAUUCCUUUUUUUAGAAAAGUUCGAGAAAUCCUAAAGCUAUUUCCGGUGAAAGAAUUUCAGUUCGCCGUUUAUGGAAAAAAGACAGAAUUGCGAUUUUGAUGGAGACAUCACCUUGAUUCCCAGAAAACUCUCGAGUGACAUGUUUAGAUAUGGAGAAUACAAUAAGUAAAAAAAAAAAGUAGUAAAUUUUCUCUAAUUAGUCCAUCCAUAUAAAACGAGGGACUGGUUAAGAACUUCCCAUUCUGACAUAAAGAACACAUAGAACACAAGCUCCCUCCUGACUCCAAGAGGGGAUGUGGGUAAUAAGGUGCCUCAUGAUUCCUCACUAAACUGGGGUCCUUGUGGGUGGAGUUUUGCUGUGAGCGGUACUAUUUCCUUAAAGCUGUUAAAUUGGCGUUGAUUUCAGGUUGAGGCUGUUAGCAGAAUCCAAGGGCUACCGCCUUGAUGACACCGGGCUAUUUGUAGCUACUCAAGGCUCGCAUGGCAAAAGGGUGAGGAUUAAGCCACAUAAAUUGAUCAACCCACGUAUUUUUCAGUUCUUAUUUGGGAAAGAAAUGGAUCAAACUUUCCGCAGGGUGCAAAAUCAAGUGCGAGCGUGCAUUGUCACUCAGAAAGGGAGGUGUUUGAUGUGCUUGGGUUUCCCUGGCUGGAACCACAUCAGAGGAAUUUGUGA